UAAAGGCACCCGGCCCGGCGCUCCGGGCUGCGGGAGGGGAGAGCGGGCGAGCGGAGAGCGGGGCCGGGCCCCACCGCAGCCCCUCCAUGCGCCUGGCCGGCGGCGCCGGCUCCCCCCGGGCCGUGCCCUCGCCCGGGAAUGGCAGCCGGUGGCGGGCGGCCGAGCCCGGCGGCGACAGCAGCCCCAGCCCCGAGGCGUGGUCGGGGUCGCCGAACGGCAGCCUGGGCGGCUGGGACCCCUUCGGGCGGGACGAGGAGCUGGCGAAGCUGGAGAUCGCGGUGCUGGCCGUCACCUUCGCGGUGGCGGUGGUGGGGAACGGCAGCGUGCUGCUGGCGCUGCGGCGCACGCCGCGCAAGGCGUCCCGCAUGCACCUCUUCAUCCGCCACCUCAGCCUGGCCGACCUGGUGGUAGCCUUCUUCCAGGUGCUGCCCCAGCUCUGCUGGGAGGUGACCCACCGCUUCCACGGCCCCGACGGGCUCUGCCGCGUCGUCAAGCACCUGCAGGUCUUCGGCAUGUUCGCCUCGGCGUACAUGCUGGUGGCCAUGACCGCCGACCGCUACAUCGCCGUCUGCCACCCGCUGAAGACGCUGCAGCAGCCCACCAAGCGCUCCUACGGGAUGAUCGCGGCGGCCUGGGCGCUCAGCCUGCUGCUCAGCACCCCGCAGUACUUCAUCUUCUCCCUCAGCGAAGUGGAGCGCGGCUCGCAGGUCUACGACUGCUGGGCGCACUUCAUCAUGCCCUGGGGGCCCCGCGCCUACAUCACUUGGAUCACCGGCGGCAUCUUCAUCGCGCCCGUGCUCAUCCUCAUCGUCUGCUACGGCUUCAUCUGCUACCGCAUCUGGCGCAACGUGCGGGGCAAGACGCGCCCGGGGGAGGCGGCGGCGGCGGGCGGCGGGCGGCGGGCGGGAGAUGAUGGUGGCCCGCGACGGGGGCUGCUGCUCGCCCCUUGUGUCAGCAACGUCAAAACCAUCUCCCGCGCCAAGAUCCGCACCGUCAAGAUGACCUUCGUGAUCGUCUCGGUGUACGUCGUUUGCUGGGCGCCCUUCUUCACCAUCCAGAUGUGGUCCGUCUGGGACCAGCGCUUCCCCUGGGUCGAUUCUGAAAACACUGCGACAACUGUUACGGCUCUGCUGGCCAGCCUGAACAGUUGCUGUAACCCCUGGAUCUACAUGUUCUUCAGUGGGCACCUCCUCCAAGACUGCCUACAGAGCUUCCCUUGCUGCCAAAAAAUAAAGCAAACGCUGAGUAAAGAAGAUUCAAACAGCAAUAGCAGGCGACAGACUUCUUUCACCAACAACAGAAGCCCAACCCACAGCCUGAACACAUGGAGAGAGAUGCCCCACUCCAAAUCGAGCAGCUUCAUCCCCAUUCCAACGUGAGGCAGGCCUCAGGGCUGGCAGGCUUGCAGUCCUGUCACAGUGUUUGGGAAGGUUGUGGCACUUUAUGCCAGUCCAGGGCACAAUCAUAUUACCAGGGAAUGACUAAGAUGGCCAUGAGGCAAAAAGUGCCACCUUGCUUGAUAAGCUAUGCUGCAGUAUAUAAAUUAUUUUCUGAAAGUUAUUUAGGAUUUGGGCAGCUGAUCAGGAAGGUGUAGCGACAAUAAAGCAAUUAUUUUUUUAAAAUAGAAUUUAUUUUAAUUUUUUGUCUGUUUCUAAAAUACUAAGUGCAUUGUUCGCUUGCUGUUUAAAAGAGUAAAAAUAAUGGAGUUGUCAUGUAUUGGGGUAACUCCACUCUCUAAUGUUAAUGCAUAAAACUUCUCAUGAUUGUCUGAUGAAGUUAUGGGGAAGGAAGACAAUAUGAGCAAGAUUACAGUUUAGUCUUAAACAUUAAAAGAAAUGAGUUGGGAGAAAAGUCUUGCCUGUCCAGAUAAGGAAUGGGGUUAUACAGACUUUGAUUUGUUGGAAUUCCAUUGCUCAUGAUGCUUCAUCUUGUAAAGGUCUAGCAGUUCUCAGACACUGAAAUUUAACAGCCCUUCUGAAGUCAAAACUUUUAGUGCUGUUGAUAUAUGUAUGUGUAUUGUGGGGUUUCAUUUUUAGGGUGAUAUUUCCUCUUCCCUUCUUGUUGAUGGAAAUUAUACAGCAUAUUUUCUUGUGUGUGUGUGUCUUGUUGUAUCUACUUCCAUUUUUAAACUAACAUUAAAAAUAUAUUGAUAAAUAAGUGUGAUAUACUAUGACUAGCUCAGCACCAUUACAGUUACACCAGGAAAACUCAUAAUGAAUACCAGAACCACUUGCUUUAUUGGUAGGAAUGCCAUCUUUUGUUUUUUUUAAUUCACUAAAACAUCUAGGAUCAAGCUACAUUGCUUGGUUGUCAAGCAAACAGUCUCAUGAGCUCAGGAGAGUGUAGUCAUUUGAACAGCUUAUAUUUAACAGAAUAUCUUUUUGACCACCUUUAAUAUACAAAUAUGACUACAGCUCUCACCAACUCUGGACGAUGGUUUGUGAACCUGAAGCUAUCUUUUAGUAAAAAAAAUGCAUGCAGUGAUGUGGUGUGUGUGUUUGUGCACAUUAUGCCCACUGUGUAUAUUUUGCAAGGAGGUAAUUCACAGUUACUGAAACUGCAAGUGUUUCAAAUUAAGUACACUAUCCUUUGACUAAUUUUCUGUUUGUGCUACUACUUUCUUUGUACAUGAAAUCUGUAUUAAAAACCAAUUAGCUGUACUAACAGAAUUUUCAUGUUUGCAUAAUUGGUUUUUCUAUUACACUUUAAAUUCAAACAGAAAAGAUAAUGAAAAAAUGUGUGUAGAAUAUUGUUGAUAAUAAAAAUGAACUGAGUAAGGACCAGUAUAUGUAUUAAAGCAAACAGACCCAAAGUAUAAAUUUAGGUUUUUUCCAAAUCUACUACAAAAUCUAGGUUUACACUUGGGGCUUGUCAGCAUAAAUUUCCCCUGUGAGUGCCCUAUAGUUUCUGUAAUUAAACUGACAACACAAUUUAUUAAUAUCUGGUUUCCAGACAUUUUUUGUAAAUACUGACUUUUUCACAUAAUUGUAAUGUUGGAAGAUACAGCCAAUAUUUUUUAAUUGUUCAUCUGUGGAGAUAUUUUUUUAAGAGCUACUUUGGGUUAUCAUGGGGGUGCCAUAAUGAUAACAGAAGGAAACAAAAAAAUUGAAAUCAUUGCAAGUUUAAAACAUGGAAACUUGCUCUAAUAAAUCUGCAUAUUUGUUUGAUCAGAAGCAUUUUAAGUUUUUUUGCUUGUCUAGAUUUUGGAGGGCCAGAAAUGUAUUUGGUAAUGCUAAAUAUAUUUUACAAAAUUCAAAACACCUUCAUUUAAUAAGUUGUGUCCAUGAAAAGCUUUAAGGAGUGAACAAAACUAAAAUAUUUUUCUAUUAUACAUAAUGCAUGAAGGACACAAGUAAAGUAGGAACAUGCAAUCAGCUUUCUACUGUGUGCUGCUAGUAUUGUUAAAACAUGUAACUGAGCACUUAUUCAUGUUCUAGAGGGGUUAUUUUGAUAUUUUUGUUUUAAAGAAUUGUCCUCAAAUGUAAAACAUGAUUGGAUGGAUGA